CUUUUUGAUUUGCUCUGAAAUCAAGAAAACCUGACAAAACAAAAAGCAAAAAACUAUCACUCACUGAUACACAAACAACAACAAAUAUGAAUCCUCGAAAUUUGGCUGCUAUGCUUUCUUCUCUAAUUGCUCAAUUACUCCUUCUAAUUACAGUCAUUUUCCCUUCAUCAAAUCCUCUUUCUAUAACUAAUUCUUCUUUAUCUGAUUUUCUUACACCUCUUCUUCUCCAUUUUCUCUCUGUUUCUGAAACAUCCGCUACUCUUUCACUCAUCCCCUUUUCGCGUUGUAAACGAAAACGUACCUAUUUCUCAGAAUCUGAUGUCCCGGCCGGCGAGGGUUUGACCCGGUUCAAACUGGGUAGACCCGACUCGUUUAUCCGACGUAACCCGGAUUGUUUCAAGAAAUUCUUCAAUAUCAAUUCUUCUACUUUUGAUUGGCUUUGUGGGUUAUUAGAGCCUCUGUUAGAGUGUCGUGACCCGGUUGACUCGCCACUUAAUCUCGCUGCGGAAACUAGGCUUGGAAUUGGGCUUUUCCGAUUGGCUACCGGAGCUAAUUUCUCCGAUAUUUCUCGGAGAUUUAGUGUAUCGGAAUCUGUUGCUAAGUUUUGUUUCAAACAAUUGUGUAGGGUGCUCUGUACUAAUUUCCGGUUCUGGGUUGGGUUUUUGAAUUCGGGUGAGCUUGAGUCUGUUUCGAAUCGAUUUGAGUCGAUUUCGGGUAUUCCUAAUUGCUGUGGAGUACUCUGUUGCGUAAGAUUUAAGGUUAAUGACGAGAGUAUAGCAGCUCAAUUAGUGGUUGAUUCAUCAUCCAGAAUUAUUAGUAUUAUAGCCGGUUUUCGCGGUGAUAAAACUGAUUUCCAGGUCUUAAAUUCAUCAACUCUGUUCCAAGAUAUUGAAAAAGGAACAAUUUUUAGGAAUUCACAAGGUUUGGAGAUAAAUGGAGUGGUUGUGCCUCAGUUUUUAGUUGGGAAUGGAGACUAUCCUUUGUUAAAUUGGUUAAUGUUACCAUUUGAUGAUCCUGUUUCUCAAUCAAAUGAAGAGAACUUCAACAAUGCAAUCAACGUAAUGCGUUUGCCAUCAGUUAUAGCCGUUCAGAGCUUGAGAAAUUGGGGCGUUUUGCGCGAACCGAUUGAAGGAGAAAUCAAGACUGUUGUGGCUUCUAUUGGUGCUUGUUCGAUACUUCAUAAUAUGUUGUUAUCAAGGGAUGAUUAUUCAGCAUUUUGUGAGGAUUUGAAUGAUUAUUCAUCUGACAAAUGCAAGAGUUCUUUGAAUCUCGGUGAAAGUAAAAGUGUAGCAUGUUCUAUUAGAAGUGCGUUAGUCACAAAAGCAACAGAGUUUCAGUCACAAAAGCAGUAACAUUUUUCUACUACUUAUUUUAAAGGCAAAAGAACAUAAAUUCAUUCAUCUAGAUUGUCAAUCUUUUUACUCAAAGUUUCAACCUUUUUGGGCUGUUUUGCAUAACAGCAAUAAGAUGUCCCCC